UGACUGGCCAUUAUCAGCAGGUAUCAUAAAGCUGCAGACUGGCACACAGGAUCCUCUCCCACCCAAAAGGCUGAACAGCUGCCAGCUUCAAGUACCGCCGGCACACCUGUGUACGUCAUAUAGGUAGCCGGAAGAAGUACACACAGUGCGAAACGGACGUCGCUGGCGAAACGGCCGUCGCUGCCACACACCGCUCAGGCGUUUCUUGAUCCUAGUGAAAGGCUUGUUCGCCCCAGCCCUGAAAAAAGCAUGUACCUAUUAUCACAAAUAAAGUGAUGAUAUGUUGAAAACCUGCGUUUGGCUAGAACCAGCCCUGCGCCUCACAUGAAACCAUGGAUCUCCCCACUCAUUGCUCCAAUUGAUUUUAAUCGAGCUCAAGGUACAUGCCCUUUCUGCUGCAGCUCUUUGCCUGUAACUGUCAAAGCUUCUAACAGAAGAUUUAAACUGAGCGUGUGCGACCACCUGAGUGAGGUGGACAAAGAAAUAAGAAAAAGAGCAAACAGCAGACAUGAAUCUCUUGUUGCGUUGUGUGAUUUUUCUCCUGUUACAUCCAUAUCUGUACAGCAAACCUUAUAUCAUAGAUGGCUUGGUACAAAAUGGUAUUGGGACUGCUGAGACUGUGGAAAGACCUCUCCAGGCCAUCACUGCAAAAGACUUCUCCUGGGCAAAAGAAAACCAGACAUGCAGCCAACUCUUGGAGGAUUGCAGAGAGUUUCUUGGCCUUCUCCUGCCUUCUUCAUCUUGGCUGCUAGAACCUGCUCUGGCACUGGGCUUUUUGCAGGUUGGAUGUUUAACUGAACAGGAUCGUUUCUUUUUGGAUUUAAUUAAAGAUGACGAUGCCAGGAGAUUGUUCAAUAUAAUGGCUGAGCAAUUCAAUACCCCUAUUCACCAAACCACUGCCCCUCAUAAUAGCCAACAACAUCUUCACAAGUUUGACUUACUGAGAUUCAAUUUAGAGUCUAUUUAUCUGAAUGCUCUGGAUCCAUCACACCACAAGCAUUGCUCUGGUAUCCAACAAGAGGAGCAGAACGUUCUUCUGAAGGGUUUUAUUCUUGGGUUCCAUUCGUCCCUACAUCAUGCACAAGCGCACUGUCGUAGGUUAGGUCCAGUUUGUGCUGGUGUUUCUUUUGAAACCUUGGGGCAAUAUAAAAGUGUGGCAAGGAACGGCGGGUAUAUCGUACCCCAUGCUGGAUCAAAGUUAUGGCUGCAUCGCUGUAUUGGUGAACACCUGAGGAGACGUUCUACUGAUCCUGAGUGCCAGAGUGAAAAGGAAUUGCACAUUUAUAAAGUUAUGCAAUGGAUUCCAGUGGUCAGUGGCUAUUACAGUGCUGGAAGUGCUGUUUAUUAUGCCUCACAAGGAUGCUCUGGUCUUGCCGAGGACAGGGCCAUUGAAGCCUCUGUUGAUCUAGGCUAUGAUUCUUUAUUUGUUGCCACUGGGGGAGUUUCUGGGGCAAUAAGUGCAGGUGUAGGUAUGGGUGUGAAGCCUGCAUUAAAAGAUGGUGUGAAAUCAGCUAUAAACUACUUUAAAGCACAAUUGUCACGUUGAACGUGCUGCCUCGUCUCAGUGAUUGACAGCCGUCCAUCAAUGAGUGGGAAUACAGAAAUAGCGAGAAGUCACUGAGUAGAUCAAACCACUGGACUCCUUAGCUUAGAACAGGGAUGCCCAACCUGCGGCCCUCCAGCUGUUGCAAAACUAAAACUUCCAUUAAGCCUGGACAGCCUACAGCUAACAGGGCAUGCUCGGAGUUGUAGUUUUGCAACAGCUGGAGGGCCGCAGGUUGGGCAUCCCUGGCGCAGAAUAAUUAGAGCUUGUUCACAUCUGCAUUGACUUGUGUUAUUUUGUUCUGUCAGAGGAACGGAUAAACAAAAAAGAAAGUGUCCUGUUUAAUCCCCAUAUGUUAAAAUGAGUUUUUAGAGCAUCAGUUAGGCUGCUUUCACAUAUGCCGCUUAGCAUAGUUCUUAAGCCGUUCCUCAAAACAGACAAUAGGACAUGCUCUAUAGUUUGUGGAACGGCCGCAUGGGUGCGGACAGAACACGGUUGACAUCUGUGUGCUGUCUGCAAUUUAGAAAUGAAUAAGUCCGCGUGUGAUCCGCAAAAAAUGCAGAUCAUAUGAUGACCAAAAAUAUAGUCAUGUGUAUGAGGCCUAAUAGAACGAUAAAGUGGUUAUCCAUGAUGGAUAAUAAUGAUGACAUCCUCAGGAUAGGUCAUCAUUAUCAGAUCGGCGGGAAUCCGAGUCCCAGGCUGUUUCAGGGAGCCAACUUUUUCAAGCACAGUGCCGUACGUUGUAUAGUGGCUGUGCUUGGUAUUGCAGUGCAGCCCAAUUCACUUAAAUAGGGCUGAGUUACAACUAGGCCAUGUGACCGACGUAUGGUGACGUCACAUGGCCUCCUUACAGCCUGCUAACAGCUGAUCUGCGGAGGUCCUGGGUGUCACCAAUAAUAAUUACCAAAUAACUUCUUUACCAUGGUGCCCUCCUUUUUAUCUUUAGAUCCAUCAGUUCCCAAACUCCUCGUCUGCCAUCCCAGAUGGCUGCAGUACUGUUCAGACUAUCUGAUGUAUGCAUACUGUGCAUUUGGUAGCCCGAGACACUUCCUGCUGCCCUUGGAUUGGUCAGCAUGGCUCAUGUGAACAGAGCUGGACAAGUAGGAAGUGGUUCAGGCUGCAGACGUACAGAGUGCACCAGAUAGACUAAGAGGCGUGCAGACAUCUUGGAUGGCAGGAGUCUGGAAAUUCGCAGAUCUGCAACUAAAAAUGUAAACUUUCUGUUCAUUCCCAGUUAACGUCAAUUUUAUUUCUUGUACUGGAGGGUCUCUUUAAAGGGGUUAUCAAAUUUCUCAAACAGCGCCCCCAUGUGCCGGGCCCCUCACAGGUAAUAUACUUGCCCCCCUCCCCACUCCGCUCCUGGUCCCUGCAUGCUAUGGAGGCUUGUCCCCAUCCCCGCCUGCCAUUGGCUGCUCCCCCCCCCCCCCCCCGAUACCAGAUGUUUUCAUUCGUGUACAGGGAGAAGCAGCAGUAGCGGUGGUGCGGGGACCAGAAGCGGCGCUCGGAACGGGGACAGGAACGGAGCCGAAUAGAUUCCUUUGACUCUAAUUGGGAGAACACUUUUUUCUUCAAUAUUUUUAGUGAACAUGCAUCACGUUUUUCUACACAUUGUAUGUUUUCACCUUAUACUUUUAUCCUGUAUUUGUAUAUUAAAUAUCCAUAUUGAUUCCAA